AUGUCCCAGAGCCCGGGUCGGGGAGGGCCCGGGUAUCCCCGGGUCAAAGGCGCAGAGGGGGAUCCCCGCGCCGCCGGCGCCCCCUCCCUGGCGGCAGCAGCGGGAGGUGGGGGCGACUCCCGGAGACGCGCUUGGGUUGAACGUGGGGUGAAUGCCGGGUCAGCGAGUGCACCUUAUUCUGCUCUGCGUCUGUCUCGGGAACUGCACGCGGCACCCCCCACUCCUGUCUCCCACGCAGGGCUCCCCCGGCGGAGAAGGUGAAUGGUUUGCUCCGCCCCGCCCACAGACAGAACACCCACUGGCUCCCGCAGCGUUUCAGGACUCAUGGGUAGGACCAGCCAGAAGGGGCUUGGCCUCCACCCUCAGAGUCUCUUAAAAUUAGGGAAUGCUGUCUUCAGGUUUGAAUUCGCACUCAGACCCAGGCUGGGUCUCAGCCUCUGUCUUUGGACUUGUCCCUAG